AUGGAGUACAAGCCAAAACACGCCCAGCCGUUCACGUACGCUCAAGCUCACAGGUUCGAAACGCCGACAAUCACAGAAGAAAUCACGCGUUUGGAAAACUCGCUGUUCCAUUUGAACCGGACCCAGGUCGAACUCAAUGCGCAUUUGACCGGGUCGCCUGAAGAGGACCGGGAGCUCCUAGAGGCGAUUACAGAGAACGAGGCCGUUAUUGGGUCGCAGACUGAACGAAUAAGCAUGUUGAAGUUGGUGCUGGAGGAACGAGGCAUCACAGCGAAUAGUGAACACUAU